CCGUACCUAGAGUCACGUUUGUACGGUUCGUAGUAGUUUGGUUGUCAUUCGGUUAGUCGUCUUACACUUAAACUCUGGACGAUCACGAAAUUCAACAACGACCGCGCAUCGAAAAGUUCGAAGAAACCUCUCCGAGAGACGUUACCCUCGAUGCUGAAUUGCCACGUAAGAUCGAUGACUCUCAAGCGUUAAAGAGUUUGGACGACGAAACUGCUGCUGACUGUGAGAAGUGUUCAAUAUUUGAUCCUCAUCGAUUGAUCGUUCCCUUCUGUCACGACUUCAGCUAAACACCGAAAAUGUAUCACCUUUCAGUUUCGUUGCUGGGAAUGGUGAGCCUGCUAUCCGUCGCAGUCUUUACUAAAUCAUUGGAUUCCGUUACAAGUGAACAAACUGCUGUGGAAGCCGUUCUUAAAGACUCAUCUAAAUUUGCGGAUGAGUAUAUCCAGACAAUCGGUAAUAUCGCUCGGUCCAGUUUCGCUGUUUCUCCUUUCGGCAUUAAUCUCGUUUUGUUUCUGAUAUCGUUCGGAUUGGAUGGAUAUCUUAAAGCGAGGGUAAACUACAUGUUAUCCCGUAACCCCAACAAUCUUGAUAAAAAUGGAUAUGGCAAUGUCAUAGAUCAGUUAAAUGAACAGUCUGCGCUUCGGAUAGCCAACAGCUUUUUCGUUGAUUCAGCACUAAAUUUAAAACUCAAAUUCAUUAGUGCAAUUCCGAAAGCUUUUCAUUUAGAGGUGCAUAAUACCAGUUUCGCAAAUACAGUCAAAUUGAUCGAAAAAAUGAACAAGUGGUGCGAGAAACAUACUGGCUGCCGAAUAGCAAAUCGUUUGAAACUAGCCGACGUUGUCUUGAAUAAACAUUUCUCAGUGAUGAACGCUGUGUCCUUCGAGGGCACAUGGCUUCAAAAAUUCGAUAUCACAGAAACCCGCCUCCGUCCUUUUUACUUCAACAAUGGAACGGUAAAGGAACUGCCCACCAUGAGAAUUUCGGGAAAAUUCCGUACCAAAAUGACUCCAUUGUACUCCAUAGUUGAACUGCCAUUAAAGCGUGACGUACGACAUAACAUAGACAUCAGCAUGGUUGUCGUGUUUCCAACAAAUAAGAUGAGUUUAAGCACUUUUAAAAUAGUCAUGCGUCAAUACGUGUCCAAUCGACCAGCUCAAGAAGAAAUUAAUAUCGAACUGCCGAGAUUUGUAAUUCCAUAUAGAAGUACAUUGAAAAAGUCCUUAGAAAAACUAGGCCUAAAUGGUUUGUUCGAACCGAACGCAAAAGACUUCCUUGGUAGAACGAAUUAUAUGGGCGGAGGAGCUAUUUUUAGCGAUGAUAUGGAACAAACCAAUGUGUUUUAUGUGGACGAGGAAGGAGUCGAGGCUGUAUCAGCGAUAGGAUGCAAUGCCGUUCGUCGAAGGAAACAAUCACAAUGGACUGCACCAAAUCAUAUACGGGAUGAGUCAAAGACUAAUAAACUGCCGAACUUCAUCGUGAAUCGUCCAUUCUACGCUAUGAUCACCACAUCGAACAAUAUAAAUUUGUUCACCGUUUCGUUCGGCCGUUAAAACAGGAUGAUCCAUAGUUCGUCCAAUUUUCAAGCGACACUUGAAAAUUUUAAUGGAAUUUUAUUCCCACAUAAGUGCUUAGGAUAACGAAAAAAAUUCGUUUUCUCUUUAUUACCCAGUUUAAAUGUUUUUGUAAAAUGAAUAAAGAUAAAUAUUAUAAAGAUAGGAAUUUUGCAUCCACCAAGGCAUGCUAGACCGGUCAUGUAAUGAAAUAUUAGUGCAAUAAAUUGGGGAUUAAAAUUAUA